AUUAGAGAUUCCAUGGUUACUGGAGAGAGUCCCUUCCGCCUGACGUCAUUGAGGGCGACGAGCCGCUUUAGUGAGCAAGAUGGCGUCGGGGAGCGGGUCGAAAAAUGCAGAUUUCCGUCGGAAAUGGGACAAGGAUGAAUAUGAACAACUUGCACAGAGACGAAUUACAGAAGAAAGAGAAAAGAAAGAUGGCAAACCUUUGCAGCCCCCUGUUAAGAGGGAACUUCUCAGACACAGAGACUACAAGGUGGAUUUGGAAUCCAAGCUGGGAAAAACCAUUGUCAUCACCAAAACCACUCCACAAUCAGAGAUGGGCGGCUACUACUGUAAUGUUUGUGACUGUGUGGUAAAAGAUUCAAUCAACUUCUUGGAUCACAUCAAUGGCAAAAAACAUCAAAGGAACUUGGGAAUGUCUAUGAGAGUAGAACGUUCUACACUAGACCAAGUAAAGAAACGAUUUGAGAUUAAUAAAAAGAAGAUGGAAGAAAAGCAAAAAGACUAUGACUUUGAGGAGAGAAUGAAAGAAUUGCGGGAAGAGGAAGAAAAAGCACGUGCAUAUAAAAAAGAAAAGCAAAGGGAGAAGAAGAGGAAAGCAGAAGAAGAUCUCAACUUUGAAGAAGAUGAUGAAAUGGCUGCUGUUAUGGGUUUCUCAGGUUUUGGUUCCUCUAAAAAGGGACACUGAUGUGACUUUAAGACAACAUUCUUAUUACCGAGCAGUUAUGAUUUUUGUUUCUUGUCUUUUUAUAUUGAACCAGAGCAUUUUUAAAUUCUUUCCAUGCCUUAGCUUGCAGCACAGGAUUAUGGGAAUUUGAACAGAGCUACUGUAAACAUUCUCACUGACCAAUACUGUGAAGAAGCAUUCUUUGUUCUUGUAAAAAAACAUAUUAACCAUUUUCCUAUGGGGCCUUCAAAGGCCUAGUUUUUUGUUUGAUAAAAAAAUCAUUCAUGAUCAUAAGUGACAGUUUAAACUGCCAGCAUACAAAUUUAAGAACUGGGUAAAAAUUGCUAAAACAGCUUUUAAUUGUUUACAGUUUGUUUUUAAAACUACUAGAGAAGGCUGUUCCAUAAACCAUAAAAGCUUUGUUUAAUAUAAAAAGACUGUUUUAUUGGUUAUUUGAGGACUGGCAACUCCAAGGCCACGAGAAUUUUGUUUAGUUUUUUGGAUUCUAUUUUUCAUCCGGGCUGUCUUUUUUUGUUUCUUUUACUGCUUACGUGGACUUGAUCUCUAAAAUAGUGGGGUUCCUCACUUGCAGAUAAUUGUUUUCCAGGACAUCUGACAUGGGGACUCUACCAGUGAAGGACAUUAAAGUGUACUUGUCACAUGUGGGUUUUAAUAAAAUG